AUGUUUGAUGAAUGUGUUAUACCCUGUGCAGACGGGGAUAUGACGGAAAAGAGUCAGACUAAAAGAGGAAUCGAACACGCAAUGAAAUAUGCUAAAGAUGUCAUACGACAAAGAUCUUUGGCAAAUUUAAGAGCGAUGGAAAAACCUCGAAGUAAGACCUUCCAAUCCACUGCGAAUCUGUUGAAGCAAGCAACUGGAACAUGGACAGACUCAUCAGCAACACAGUCAACGUUUGCAUCUGCCCAGCUAUCAGCGUUAGUUGAUUCCAUUGAACCCUUCAUUUAUAGAACUACUCCAAUGUGUAAAGCCAUGCAGUCUGCUUUCAAUACAUAUUGUUCCAAUACUCAUGAACAGAAAUUUCUCUUUCUACUGUCGGAUGGAGAAUCGACAGACGGGAAUCCUGUACAAUUCGCUUCACAACUACGUGGUCAAAAAGUGCUUGUUUUCGCUUGUUUAUUAACCUCGCAAAGCAUCUCCUAUCCACGACGAUUAUAUUAUGAAGCUGAUCCCAACUGGAAUCAGGCUCAAAGACAAAUGUUUAAACUGAGUUCUACAGUAGAAAAUUGUCAUUCAGCAAUGUCGAUCCUUCUGGAACAAGGUUGGGAAUUGCCUGCCGAUGGUCAGAGCCGUCUUUUAAAUUAA